AUAUCAAUCAAAAACACAAAAGAAAAUAUUUAGGUGUUUCGAAUAAGACUACAUAGUAAUACAGAAACAUUACACAGGCCUUUAAUCAGGGGAUAAUUUUGGAUUUGUUGUAUGUGGUUUUAGGCUUUUGAGGGAUGCACAUGUGUAUGCAAAGCCUACAAAAUCUUGUAUCAGUUGGCAUGCUAUAAAAUAUAACUAGUUGAGAGAGUCCUCUGCUAUGAAGAAAUGCUGAUCAGAAUCUUAGAUGCUGGCAGUGUGCAAAGCUACAUCUGUGCAGGAUUGAAAAAUCAAAUCUAAAUCCUUUUAAUACCUGAAAAAAAAUGGAGCCUGGUAACCUACCAUAUGAGCAGGGUAGGGCAAAGUUGAUGGUAACAGAUCAAACCGUAAUAAUAAAAAAACUGUAAAAAGUGAUCCAGAGAUGAGUCAGAUGUAUAAACUAUUGUAUUACUUUAAAUUUGGGGUUAUAUGGGUGAACAAAUACUGCAGAGGGGUUUACUGAAAAUGCUAAUAAUUGAUUCUCUAUAUUUUCAGUGUCUGAAAGGCUUAAGUAAAAAUGCAUUUGUGAUAUGUCUGAGCCUUUUAAAAACUGUACUUGAGACCGGACUCGAGUCCAAGUACCCCAACUUUAAUAUUUAGUAUGGAAUGGUUUCAGUUAUAUGGGCUUUAUAUAUACUGAAAUAAUUUGACUGACCUAGCAAUAGUUUACAUGCCAAGUCAAUUAUAUCCCUGCUGAAAGAAACAAUACAACCAAAAAUUAUAAUGGUUUCCACUACAAAUACCGUUACAAAUAAACAACUUUUAAGCACUAAAACUAUUAGAAAUGGUUUUGUGCAGUGUUUUGGGAUAUAUUCCAUUAGAAAUGAUUGGUUUUAACAAGCCACCAAUAGGUCCAUUACAGUUUCCAUUAAAACCAAUACAAGUCCCAUUAUAACCAGUAAAACCAUACAAAAUCUGUGAUGUCGUGUAUUGUUUUGUGUUAAACAGGGGUGUAUUUAACAUGGCUUUUUUUUUUUUUUACAAACAAACAUUGCACGUCUACUUCUGAUGUUAUAUAAAAAAGGAAACAGGACGUCGUUGAGUAACUGUGCAAAUCUCACGGCUAAAUUGAUGGAUGUGCUGUUUACUUUUAUGCUUCGCUUUCAAUCACGUCCGCGCGUAUCGUUUCUGAGAAUCUGUAUUUAGUGCUUGUAAGCGAAGAGCCGAUGUGACGUCAGGCUUCGACUCGCAUAGCAGCAGACUGGUCCCUAAACACCCGCCCACAUUCAUCCAAAACACAAAGCAGUCCCUUUUCUCCGUCUAAAGCGACCGGUCUUCGAGUCUUCGACGAGCUGGAGCGAAGCACAUGCACCUCAAGCAAACUGGAAAUCUAUCGCGGUUGACUGCGGUCGAGCAGGCGCUCAGCUGUCGGACCACGGACGCGCGGAUGGAGCACUUCCAUUACACAGACGUCGUCGGGCAGAUUUGAAAGGCAUCGGCCGAGAUGCUCCGUGGCUGCUGUUACCAAGCGCCGAUCUAUAGUGAUACCGGCCGGGUUUUAUCAUGGUUUUCAGACGGUCAGCUCGGAGAAUGCGGUGGCUUGGGUGUUAUCGGUUGGGGCCCGUAUGGAAAGCUCUCUUGGUAUUUGUUGUCAUCGCCUUCGCGGGACAGCUUCUGGGAGUUAUCUUUAACAAGAGCUGGAUGCAGCCAGAGAGACCUCACUCUCUCUACGCCCUUCCCUCUGAGAAUUCACAAGGGGACUCUCUGGGGUCCUGCCAGCCCCACGCCCACAUCAUGUUCCUGAAGACUCACAAGACGGCAAGCAGCACAGUUCUCAAUUUGCUCUAUCGCUUCGGAGAGGAGCGGGGCCUUAAGUUUGCUCUGCCUGUGGGGUACCAAUUUGGUUACCCACUGCCCUUUAUUGCCCAGAGGGUGAAAGGAUACAGAGGACCUCAUGUGGCAGAAUUUGACAUUAUGGGAAAUCAUAUGCGGUUCAACAAACCAGAGGUUGAGAAGGUCAUGCCAGCUGACACCUUUUUCUCCAUCCUUCGAGACCCAGUGGCACUAGCUGAAUCCUCUUAUGCCUACUAUAAAAAUGUCGCCCCUGCCUUCAGGCGUGCCAAAGGACUGGGUGAUUUCGCUGACAACCCCUAUAAGUACUACGACCCUAGACUCCGAAACAACCAUUAUGCCCGCAACCUGAUGUGGUUUGAUUUUGGUUUGGAUCAUGCCUCCAACUUCAGCCUUGCGCAGGUCAAGCGCGGUGUGGCAGCAGUUCGUCGGAAUUUCAAGCUCAUACUUAUCUCAGAGUACUUCGACCAAUCUAUGGUGCUGCUCCGUCACACUCUUUGCUGGCCGCUAGAUGCUGUGGUUUCUUUUAGCCUGAAUGCCAGACAGCAAAUGCCCAGUGGAAGAUCAGGAUGGGUGGGCAAGGCCGCAGCUCCAGCUCCUUUGGCAUUAACAGAUAAGCAAAGAUCAAAAUUACGAGAAUGGAAUGCACUAGACUGGCACCUUUACCAAGCUUUUAAUCUCACUUUCUGGCAGGACGUAGAACGCUUUGGACGUAAUCGGAUGGAAUCCGAGGUGGCCCUGCUUAGGACCAAACGGGAGGUACUCACUCGCAUCUGCUUGCGUGAUGGUGGUCGGCCCAUAGAGGCCAGUCGCAUCCGGGACAAGACCAUCCGGCCUUUCCAGAGUGGAUUAGUGAAGAUCUUGGGUUAUGAGUUGCAGUCAGGACUAGACAACGCCACGUGGGAAGCUUGCCUACGCAUGAUCAGGCCUGAGAUCCAAUACAAAGACUUGCUGGAUCUUCGGCAGUUCCCUCGAGCCCAGCAACCUCCAGCUGCUGGAGGGCUUCCAGUAAAGAGGGAGCCCGCAAUACUCAGGACUGAAGACCGUGGGGGAAAGAGGUUGGUGGAGAAGGACUGGGAUGGGACCAUUCUGUUUCGGAAUCAAUCUUUAGAGCAGGUUGAUUUAAAAGUAAGACUUAGAUAGUGAGCUAGUUGCACCUUUUUGCCUCAAGGUCGGUAGUUCUGACCCAUUUUGGCUCCAUGGACCUCUGUGCUGCACUACUAGAGGAGAAGGGAUAUCCAAGACAUACAACACACUACUUUGUCAUCGACUCUUCCUUCUUCCAUUUUGCCCUUCUACGCUCUUAUUUUACACAACAUAGAGUUUCUGAAUGAAGAAGAGGUCUGUGGGUACAUUACGUUGGUUGGAGUGAAAUAAUGGUAAAAGCAUGCCAUAUGCAGGCUAAAUGCCCAAACUCACUGUCGUGAGUUUUGUGUUGGGGAGAAGUAAGAAAAAGCUGCGGUACGUUACAAAAAAACCUUAGCAGUGAGUGCACGUUAUGUAAGAGGUUGCAGUGUCUCAAACAUACUGCUAAAAGCCCACUUUUAGAUAGAUAAAGUAUCCUUGGUAUGUCAGUGUUCAAAAGUUUGGGGUCAGUAAGUUUCUUUUUGAAAGAGCUUAACAAUUUCAUUCAGCAGGGAUGCAUUAAAUUAAUAAGAAGUAACAAUAAAGAUACAUUGUGAUAAAAAAUAUUUCUAUAUUAAAUAAAUUAUGUUCUUUUGAACUCAAAGAAUCUACCAAAAAAAUGUAUAUGAAAUUGGAAACUGGAGAAAUGACUACUGAAAGUUCAGCUUUCAGUAUAAUAGAAAACAGUUAUAUCACAUUGUAAUAAUAUUUCACAUAAGUCUUUUUACUGUAUUUUCGAUGAAAUAAAUGCAUCCUUUGUGAAAACAGGUCAUUGAAAAUGUAUUGCCAAUCCCAAACUUCUAAAUGGUAUAAUGCUGGCGUACCUCCAUCACGCUACCAAAAAGGUAGGCUUGUGCAUCCAAUGAAAUAACAGUUUGAUAUUGGAAAUGCAUUUGAAUUUGAUUAUAGUACUAAGACACAAUGGAUAUCCAUUCGCUGCAUGAUGAAAUUCCUCAAAAAUGCAAUCACAGACUCUUCAUUGUCUGGCACACGAGAUUCAAACAGUGGUACUGUUCAGAGUUGCUGGAAUUUAUUUUUAUAUCCAUUUAUAUGGGUAGUUGUUAAACAGGAAUCUUGACAGAAAAGAGGAAUUCAUUGCAAACUUUUGAUUUCUAUGCCACACACAUUUUUAGUCACACAUUAUAAGCUAGUACGACUCCCAUGGUUCUGUGAGAACAGCAUCUCCAGUUUUUAACACUGUGAAAUAAAAUGACCAUUCAUAAAGGGCAAAAUGGGCUGUAGAUUUGUACUUACCAACCUCAAGUGAUAGACCAUUGCACUUCCUAUAACAGUCUGUUUACUUAUUGAUGUUUGCUAGAGGUUGAUAUUUUAGCUUUUUGCUUUGAUGUUUCAAACAUCAAAUCUAAAAAAAAAAAAUAGAUGGUGAAUGUUCAUUGGCAUGGUAAAUGCUGUAAUUUCUGAGGCCUGUCAUAGACGUUUUAAUGAUCAGAACUCCACUUGAAAUUCCAAAACUCAAUGGUUAUUUUGCCUUACAGUUAGUACCUUUGUGAAGCAGUGCUUUACUAUCAAAGCUUGCUGUAUUUAUUAUGCUUUUGUAUAAAUUUCUCUGUGUAUCUAUUGCAUUUAUACUCUCAGUCUAAAAUGUUUUUUCCUCUUAUUGUGAGUGCUGAGAAAACGUAGUGUAGAAAUUUGACUGGAAUGCACUGUGCAAAUUGCCCCAUGUAUGAACAGCCAGCUUUUUGUAUGCAGAUUUCAAUGCACAGAGCAAGAUGACAUCUAACAUUACCAAUGAAUUUAUUUUCUCUGUUCUAAGGCAGAUGGUAUUGCAAUGAAAAAAAAAAACACUAGUAUGGUCACUGUUGCGUGCCUAUUCAUGUGCAUUGUUUAUUGUAUAGUUACGAUUUAUAUGCAUGGCUAUAGUUAGCAAUUAUUUCCUUGUGUAAUUGAUAAACAAUGCAUAAUUUGACUUGCAUUUUACUACCCCAUUUUAGUUUGGAUUGUACUACUGCCAGUUAAUUAACAGUUAUCUUUCACUUUUUCUAUUCACAGUAGUUCUGUGUUUGCCACUCAUGUGAAUUAGUUAUUGAUAUAGCUAAAAUAAUAAUAAUCAUAAAAAUUUUAAUUCAAAUUUUAAACAACAACUAUAAAAUUUUGCUUUCGCUGAAAAUUAAGUAAAGGAGCAUGUCAAAAAGACAAUUUAAAAGUCAAUGAUCUAAGACAAGGAUCUAUUUUAAUCAUACCCUUUCUCAUAAACUGUAUUCUUGGCAGAUUUAAUGUUUUCUUCCAUUAAAAAGAAUGCUAUUACCGUGAAUCGUGUUGGAAGGAAUUGACGCUAAAUUUAAUUCAAGCAUUGAUUUCCUUUUAGCUAGGGAUGUAUAGCUUUUUCAUUUGUUCAUCUAAUUUUAGAGAAAGCUCUAAUGAGUCUGGCAAUAUUGUGCUGUAAUAGCUGCAUGUCAUACAAAUCAGUUGGUUCAGCGUCUUCAUGAGUCCUUAGGUAGAUUAACUGUGGUACUGCAAUUCAAAAAUAAACCAAAGAGGUACUGAUGUUUCUGUGCUUGGAAUCUUGAUAUAUCAAAAAUUGGCACAGUUUUUCAUGACAUUUGUUGACCAGAAAAUUCAGCAGGAGUGUAAAGGUGCAAAUGCAGCUUAGGGUCUUGCAUCUUUUAAGGGAAGUAAAAAAUGGGUAGUUAAUUAAAAGUCAGUAUCAGUCAGUUUAAUUUGAGCAGGAUAAUUAAAAUCAUUCACAUUCAUUCUCUUCUGCACUUUCAAGACGAUACUGCAAUUCACAUGAUGUUUCCGUUAAGUUUGUUCAAACCUGUUUACCAUAUUUAUUAUUUUUCUCUGUUACUUGAAUAUAUGGGGAAACCUCUGUAGAUAUUUCCGUGUGAUGAACCUAAAUUUGGUUUACUUGUAUGUAGUAAAAUAAAAAUUUUACAUGUGA